AUGUCUACAGAAAACCAAAUUGAAGGCGCUUCCUACUCGGAACAGAUUUUGGAAUGUGCAAGAAGGAACAAUACGGAACUCUUGAAAGAAAUCAUUCACUCCUUGGACCUGGACCAUGCCAAGUUGGCUAACUUGAUUAAUGAAACAAAAGAAGUGAUCACGAACAAUUCGCCUUUGCAUAUUGCCACUCUGUUGGGUAACUGGGAAUUUAUAGAUAUGGUCCUUGAUGUGGAGGGAGUGGAGAUCGAUCCCUUGAACAGAGAAGGUGACUCGCCUUUGCAUUUGGCGGUUAAGUACGCCAGCAACGAACCGGAAUACGGCUACUUCAUUAUAGACAAUUUACUUGAUGCCGGAUCAGACCCUACUGUUGUGGAUAAGCACGGUUUGAAACCCGUCAAUUACGUCAAGCAAGACGAGAAGCUUCGGAACCUAUUGGAAAGUGCAGAGUAUGCUGCUACAGCACAGGCUGAUUUGGAGGCCAAUGAGGAGGUGGAGGACGAUGACGAAGGAAGUGCAUCGGAAUCGGACUGA